GCGGCGGCGGCGGCGGCGUAGCCGGUCUUAGGCCCGGCCGGCUCCGUGUCUCAAGCAGCGGCUCCAGCCUAGCGUCGCUAACUGGAGAAGGGGAGGACGAUGCAGCGAAGGGUCGCCGCUGGCAGCGGCCUGUCCGGCACGGAGUGAGCCACAGCCCGCGCAAGCGAAGCCGGCGCCCUCCCGCUCAUCCAGCCGCAGCCCGCGCCCGCUCUCCUCAGCGCCCGUCCGGCUGGCCCCGCCGCUCUGGCCCCGUCAGGCCCUUUUUCUCUGCGCUGCGGCGGGCGGAGGCGGCGGAAGGAGAAGCCCAUGGAAGGCAACCGCGACGAGGCGGAGAAAUGCAUCGAAAUCGCCCGGGAGGCCCUGGAGGCGGGCAACCGAGAGCGGGCGCUGCGCUUCCUCAACAAGGCCCAGAAGCUCUACCCGACCGAGACCGCCAAAGUGUUACUCGAAGCUAUUAUGAAGAAUGGGAGUACUGCGGGGAGUGGCACUUACUGUCGAAAGCAAGCAAGUGGCAGUGAUCAAAGUAAACCUAAUAGCAUGAAGGACAGCAGUGCAUCUGCUACUGGUGAAAGUGGGAAACCCUACACCAAAGAUCAAGUGGAAGGAGUACAAAGUAUAAAAAAAUGUAAAAAUUACUAUGAAGUCCUUGGAGUGUCCAAAGAUGCUGGUGAAGAAGACUUGAAGAAAGCUUAUCGAAAGCUUGCUCUGAAGUUUCAUCCAGACAAAAACCAUGCACCAGGAGCAACAGAUGCUUUUAAAAAGAUUGGAAACGCAUAUGCUGUGUUAAGCAAUCCAGAAAAGCGAAAGCAGUAUGAUCUCACAGGCAGUGAAGAGCCAUGCAGUCAUCCUGGCAAUGGUAGAUUUAACUUCCACAGGGGGUGUGAAGCAGAUAUUACUCCAGAAGACCUCUUCAACAUGUUCUUUGGAGGGGCGUUUCCAACAGGUAGUGUACAUUCCUUUUCUAAUGGACGGUCUGGCUACAGUCACCAUAAUCAGCAUCGUCAUAGUGGACAUGAAAGAGAAGAGGAGAGGGGUGAUGGUGGUUUCUCUAUGUUUAUUCAGUUGAUGCCAAUUAUUGUGCUGAUCCUUGUAUCUUUGCUGAGCCAGUUGAUGGUGUCUAAUCCUCCUUAUUCUUUAUAUCCAAGAACGGCGUCAGGGCAGACCAUUCAGAUGCGGACAGAAAACUUGGAUGUUGCUUACUAUGUCAACAAGGACUUUAAAAAUGAAUACAAAGGUGCAAAUUUGCAGAAGAUUGAAAAGAGUGUGGAAGAGGACUAUGUGUCGAACAUUCGAAAUAACUGUUGGAAGGAAAGACAGCAGAAAACGGAUUUACUAUAUGCAGCAAAAGUUUACCGGGAUGACCGUCUUCGAAGGAAAGCAGAAGCCAUCCCCAUGGACAACUGUAAAGAACUAGAACGAUUGACCAGUAUCUAUCGAGGAGGAUGAGCUCGAUUUUGACAUGUACAGCCUGAAGUACAUGCUCUCUAUAUGUAUAAAAAGAAAAAAUCUGUAAACUGAGAAAAUACUAUUCUGUCAUGACAGCUGAAAAGAAAGAGGGAUGUAAAACUCUACUGUGUAGCCGUUCCCAAAAACCAUACCCUGAAGUUCCAAUAUCGUUUAAUAGCCUCUUUACUUAGUCUGAAAUAUAUGACACAGUUGGUUUCCAUCAUUGAAUUGUCCUUUAAAUUUUAUUCCCAAAGCUUCUGUGAAAUUUUCUACAAGGAAGAAGCAGCUCAGAUGAGCUAGCAGUACUUGUAGAGAUGUAGACAUAGUGGUUCGCCUUCAAAAAUCCUUGCCAUGUAAAUAUGUGUGGAAAAAGAACACUUCUGUGUAUAUAAAAAUGUUAAGGAAAUCUCAAAGGCAUAUAGAUGCAUUAAAACUUUUAGUCUCAUGGAUGGAGUAAGUAGUAAUAAUGACUACAUCGUUCCUUUUUCAUGUCAAGUAUGUGGAAUUGAAAGAAAAAAGUAAACAUCUUAUCUCUUUGCAUAAAAUCUUCUAGCUUGAAGAAACUUGGUAUUUUUUUAUAAGUUAUUGGCCAUGUUAAUUUAUGAUGAAAUGCUUGGAUAAAGCAGUCUGAUGCCAGAGUAUCAGCCUUCGUGUUGUAGUCUUAUGACUCCAUUUCUAAGCGGUGAGAAAACUGAGACCUGUACAAGACAGUUUCAUGCUGAGUGAAAAUAUGGCCUAAAAAAUGAGAGGGAAAUGUACAGAUAAGCCAUUUAGUACAUGGGUUGCUGAAUAACUUUCUGCAGUUCUGGUAUUUUGGAAGAAAGCAAGGUGUAAGUAAGCAAGUGCUGCUGCUGUACAACUCCCUUCUCAAUUAUUUUAAAAAUUUGGUUCACCAUGGGUUGGACUCUCACACACAUCCUUUAGAAAUGGAAGUGUGGAAUUCCUUGAUUUAUGUCCUGAUCCACAAGCAUGCUUAAUAUCCAUUCAUAGUCGCUGACAGAGACGCAGAGUAGUAAUUAAUUUUUAAGAAAUAAUUACUUGGGAACCUCGCUGUUUUGUUAAUUUACAAUGCUGAUUCACAUGUGGGUAUCAGAAGUUGAUCAAGAAAGUUGCUCCUAAAGUUCAUCCUUGUGCCUUUGAACCCUUUUAAGUUUAGCUUGUCUGUAAAUUGCUGCUAACAGCUGUGUUUGGAGCUGUGUGGUUUUGCCCAGCAACAUGAGCUAAGAAGUCACAGAGCGACGUUUCAAUCCAGAUGUGUGCAGGGUAGAUUUUGUAAAGAGGAGCCUUGAGUAUGAUGAAAUAGAAGUGAUCUAAUUCUAAGAGAUCAUAUAUGAAAAAUGCAUAAAGUCACUUUUGCUAAUGUAAAUUUUAUAUGCAGUUUCAGAGAAACUAAACAGGAGGCGGUACCUGAGAAAUGAAUGCUUGUUCUGGCUUUAGCAAAUGUUUGUAAGCUGCUGCACAUCUAAUACUGCAACAGAAAAAAUGUUUCUUUUUGAUGUUCCAUACAUUCUCUUUAAGGGGAGCCAGUGUGGUUUAUCUUAGAAAAUACUUUUAGACGAAUCUGCAAAUUAUUUCAGCUUGUAUCAUUAAAAUGCCACUAUUAACUGACAUACAGUAUCACAGCAGUUUGGGUGGGUGGAUGGGUGGAGUGGUUUAGUGAAGAAAUUCACGGUGGUCUGAUGCAUAUAGUGUUCAGUUUUAGAAAUGGCUUAAAUGUUGAGUAAGUGGUUCUUAAAUUCAUUGGCCUUGGUUCAGAGCACCACAUGAACUUAGAGCAUUGCUGAUUGAUACGGAACAAAGCCUAUGUAGGGUUCCUGCAAGCACAUGAGGGCCUUUUCAUAACUGCUGCUCUGUUUUUCAGUAAACAUUUGUAAAAUAUUUCUGUAAUGUGUUGCAGGUUAGAAAGAAUUCUAGAACAAGACUGGCUUCUGCGUUGCACAAGUAGUAUUAGUGGGGAGGGUGUUUCCCUAGGUCUUCAUAAUCUGUUUUAAAGUCAAGUUCAAAGAUGAGUUUCAAAGAAAAGAAAAGUUGGAAAUUGAAUUCAGUAUUUGUUUUUCUUGCAUUCUCCCCUUCAAAGAGGAGUCAUGCAGCAGAACCUGAGCAUCUAUGCAUGCGAGAUUCCAUCUGUCUGUUUUAGCUAUAUUAACAUGCUAAGUAAUAACCAACACCAGUUUCCUAUACUCUGCAUUUUCUGAUUCAUACAGGUGAACCCCAUGAGUUUAGUUUAUUUUGAAGAUGACCCAAUCUUAGACAGAGGCACCACUAGCGCCAGACUACCAGGCAUUGGUCCAGGGUCCUUGAGGGCCUCCAAAUGCAGUCACUACACAUGUUGGUGAUGGUCUUU